GGGUUCUGUUGAGGGGCAGCAAUCGGGUCUUGAUGGAUGUGGGAUGCCUAGUAUUGUCGUGUAGGUACUACGACUUUGUUGAAUUUCUGGUCGCCCUGUUGGUCGAUUCCAUUUUUACGAAGUCCUACCCCUUUUUCAGGCUCGACUUUGCUAUUUGGACUGUCUCUGAAGGCUCCCUGACACACUCCCCAUUGUCUACACCAUUGUCCAACCUUCCACCAUGGCGAAUCCUCUUGAUCAGAGAAUAGCAGUACCGAUAGACGACCCCAAUGCGGACACAGAAUGGAACGAUAUCUUGCGCAAACAUGGAGUCAUCCCAGAAAAGCCCCCGAGUCCCACGCCGAUGAUCGAAGAAGCAAUCCUAGAAGGCCGACGACUAGCGCAUGAGAACAGGUUAGAGGGCAAGGACCUAGACGAAUUGGACGAGCUGGAGGACGAAGAGGACGGCGACUUCCUAGAAAAAUACAGACAGAAGAGGAUGCAAGAGCUCUCGGCCCUGAAGACGAAGGCAGUCCACGGCAGCGUUUACCCCAUCUCGAAACCGGAAUACUCGCGGGAAGUCACCGAAGCGUCUAAGAACGGACCCGUCUUCGUCAACCUCACUUCGUCCCUCGGCACGAACGUCGAGUCACGCGUGCUAUCCGAGCUAUGGAAAAAGGCCGCGAUGGAGUACGGGGAUGUCAAAUUCUGCGAAAUGCGCGCAGAAAAGGCCAUCGAGAACUAUCCCGAGCGGAAUUGCCCGACUAUUUUGGUCUACAAGGAUGGCGACAUUGUUAAGCAGAUCGUGACCCUGGCGACCGUGGGAGGUGUCCGGAUGAAGAUGCACAACAUUGACAAUCUUCUUGUCGAGGCCGGCGCGGUCCGGGACACGGAUAUGAGGGUGCUGAAGAGGAGGAGACAGGCAGAAGAUAACGAGGAAGAGACGGCGCCCGGCAGGGGAAUAAGGGGAGGCACUGCGUCGAGGUCCAGGGAUGAUGACGACGACGAUGACUGGGAUUAAGAGUUUCGGCUCUUUAUGCCGGUACUGACGAAAGCGCGUGGGCGAUUAAUACUCGGCUCGUUGAGCAUCGUGGCACAAAUGUUUCGACUUGGUUCGCCUUCCUGCGCACUUGGUAGACAACCUGUAUCAGACGGCCCGAGUAUCAACUCCUCCGACAACGUGGAAUGCUUGGCAGAAAACGAGACGAUUUGAAUCGCCCAGGAUGGUCAGUCACGUACCGGGGAUUCGGUUCCUUCCGAAUGACGAGGGACGGAGCAGCAAAUGGUCUUCUUUGUUUGUCACCAUCCACAUGCCAAACAACCUAGAAGUCAUUAAUUUAGGGGUCCCUUAAUUAGUUACACGUAACACGGAGGCUUCAGUUGUGGGGCUAGUGGGGCUAUGCAAUUGAGAUGCGCUUAUAUCAUCAGAGGCGCGGUUCGUAUCCGUAUCGCAAUCGCGUCUCAUCACGAACAUCCCCAGUUGCACACC